AUGGAUCAACAGAUAACCCUCAUUGGAGCUCAUCCCAGCAAUCAGAUUCUGCUCACAGCCGUGGCCAAUGUAUUUAACAAUCGUCGCAGCCCAGUUGCAGGACGAAUACUUCUGGAUACAGGCUCAACAUCAAAUUUCAUCACCAACAGCUUUGCUGAGAAAUUAAACAUUCCAAGGAAAAGAUGCUCCAUUCCGGUAGGUACGCUCAAUGGACUUACUACUUACACAAAGUGGAAAUUGAAGAUUUCUGUACAAUCUCGGGACGGUAAAUAUCAGGGCAAAUUCGAUUGUUUAACGAUCCCUUCAAUUUCACAAUUCGUCCCGGUCAGACCGAUUCCUAAAAACCUAAUAGAGAUACCAAAAAAUAUAAAGUUGGCAGAUCCUGAAUUUUAUAAACCUGCACCAAUUGAUAUCCUUCUUGGAUCCGGUCCAACGCUGUCACUAUUAUGUAUUGGACAGAUUAAAAUGCACAAUCAGGGUAGGUCGAAUUUAUAUUUACAAAAGACUCAAUUAGGUUGGGUGAUUGGAGGCGAUAGUAGUGCAUGCAAUGAAGAAAUUCCACGACAGGUCCACCACGUACAGCUUCACAACAUGCUGUCGAAAUUCUGGGAGAUAGAGGAAGGCCCAAAAAGGACAUAUCCAUCCCCAGAAGAGAUCGCAGCAGAAGAGCAUUUUCGAAAAUACGUGAGGAGAGACCAGUCAGGGAAAUAUAUUGUAGCUCUGCCAUUCAAUGAAAAAAAGGUCAAACUGGGUCAGUCCAUAGAGAUUGCUCAAAAAAGACUAAAUAGCCUAGAAAACAAAUUCAAAAAGAAUCCUAGUAUUCGGCGAGCUUAUGAAGAGGUAAUCAAUGAGUACAUAACAUUAGGACACAUGACAAAAGCGUCAGAAGAAAAUCCUGAGGGCCUUUUUCUACCCCAUCACGCAGUCAUAAAAGAGACCAGUAUUACAACUAAAUUACGAGUUGUUUUCGAUGGCUCUGCGAAAACGUCAUCUGGAGUCUCACUCAACGAGGCAUUGAUGAUUGGUCCAACAAUUCAAGACGAUCUUUUUUCUCUCGUACUCAGAUUUCGAUUUCAUAAAUAUGUAUUAACCGGCGACAUCGAGAAAAUGUACCGUCAAUUUUGGGUACGAGAAGAAGAUCGAAAAUAUCAACAAAUUUUAUGGCGUGACGAAACCGAUAAAAUAACCACAUUUCAGUUGAAUACCGUUACUUUUGGGCUAUCUGCAGCUCCAUUUUUAGCCAUCCGAAGUUUGCAUCAGCUCGCACGAGAUCACGAAGAACAGUAUCCACAAGCUGCUCGAAUCUUGUUGCGAGACAUGUACGUAGAUGACCUUUUGACCGGUUUCGAUUCUUUAGCCGACGCUCAAUCAAUUCAAAGAGAACUCAUUGAAUGCUUAAAACGAGGCGGUCUUAAUAUCCGUCAGUGGGCAUCUAAUGAUCCUGAGCUGCUCAGACAUCUGCCGAAGGAAUCAAUUAAUCAGAAAUUGUUCAUCAAUGACAACAAAACUCUGAAAACUCUUGGAGUAUUUUGGAAUUCAGAAACCGACACCAUUAACUAUUCCCACAAGAUUUCAAGCGAGAAAAAACCAGUCACAAAGAGAGAAAUACUCUCCGACAUUGCAUCCAUAUUUGAUCCACUAGGUUUACUAGGCCCAACCACCUUAACUGCGAAACACGUGAUGCAACAACUCUGGGCAGCAGGUAUAGAAUGGGAUGAAUCGGUACCCACAAAUAUUUACACGCAAUGGGUCCAGUAUUACCAACAACUACCUCUUCUAAAUAAUAUACAUUUCAAACGUCACGUAGUAAUACCUGAUAUGGGCAAUUUAGAGAUUCAUGGAUUCGCCGACGCUAGCAGCAUUGCUUACGGAGCCUGCCUUUAUGUUAGGUCAACCAAUGUACAUGGCCAAAUUAAAACGCAACUACUUUGUUCGAGAUCUCGAGUGGCUCCACUGAAAACUAUCAGUAUACCAAGGCUGGAGCUUUGUGCGGCUCUAACACUCGUGGAGCUAUACAAUUCAGUGCAGAAGGCCAUAAGGUUCGAUCCUUCACGAGUCGUUCUAUGGUCAGACUCAAUGAUUACCCUACACUGGAUCAGUAAAUCACCACACCUGUUACAAACCUUUGUGGCUAACAGAGUCACCGAAAUCCAGAAGGGGACCAAACAUUGUGAAUGGAGGCACAUUGGGUCAGCCGAUAACCCAGCAGACGCACUCUCCCGAGGUCAGCUACCUGCAGACUUCACUAACAAUGCGCUGUGGCAGGUAGGACCCACGUGGUUGAACGGUCCAGAAGAAGAAUGGCCGAAGAACUUAGAUAUUUUUCCAGGGACCGAAGAAGAAUUUAAAACCUGCCUCAACAUCACCAUCGAUGAGGGCAUCCUCAAUAAAUUCUCCUGCAUUCAUAAGGCUGAAAGAAUUAUUGCCCUCUGUCUACGGUUCAUGAAAUCAUGUCGCAAAAAGACCAACACUCCCAAGGGGCCACUCUCUGUUGACGAGCGGAAUGAGGCUAGAUUAAAAAUGAUAAAGAUGGCUCAAGCACUUUCCCUUCCGAACGACUUGAAGCAAGGGCCGUCUGAUCUCAAGAAAACCAAGCAAAAAUACAUGUCUCAAUUAAACGCAUUCAUCGACGAUCAAGGAUUGUGGCGAGUGGGAGGAAGACUACAGCACGCGAAUAUAUUAUAUGAUCAGAAACACCCAAUCAUAUUACCUCAACAUAACCAUGUUACUGACCUCAUCAUCAGAGAACAUCACCUGUCUCAUCUCCAUUCCGGAACCCAAACUACGUUAUAUGCCUUGAGACAACGAUACUGGCCUUUGGGUGGGAAAGCACAGAUUCGGAAAAUAAUUUGGCGAUGCGUUGAAUGCAACAGGGCCAGACCAAUCCAGGUCAAUUACACAAUGGGAAAUCUUCCAACAUCAAGAGUGACAAGUAGUUCAUCAGGAGUAUUCCAACAUGUAGGAGUGGACUAUGCUGGACCGAUGUCCAUCAAGGAAAGAAAACAUCAAAACAGAAAACAGGUGAAGGCUUACGUAGCAAUUUUCGUUUGUAUGGCCUCAAAGGCUGUUCAUCUGGAAUUGGUGAGCGAUUUGACCAGCAUUGGAUUCAUCGGAGCACUUAGACGUUUUGUCUCACGCAGAGGGAGACCAAGACAUAUUUAUUCUGAUAACGGGACAAACUUUGUGGGUGCAAAUCGAGAGUUGAAACAAAUAAUUGAAGAACUCCAUCAGCAAAAUUUCCACGAUCAAGUCAGUCAAUACUUGGGAGACCAAGGUAUUGAUUGGCACUUUUCGCCGCCCUUAAGUCCCAAUUUCGGUGGACUCUGGGAAGCGGCCACCCUUAGCUCCUUGUUCAUCUGA